CAUUAUUUUACUACAGAGCAGCUCAUCUGUCAUUUUAUUACUGAACCAGUUUUAAAAAGUUUCACUUUUUAUAUUUGUGGACUGAAAUCAAUGAAGAUGUUUUAUGGAUUUUGGUUUUGUUUGUGUUUAUGGCAUCUGGUUGGUGUGUUUGGUGAUGAAGUGAAGUCAGUAUCAGUGAGAAAGGGAGAAUCAGUCACUCUAAACACUGAUCUUACUGAAUUAAUGGAUGAUGAUCUUAUUCAAUGGAAGUUCUUGAAUGAAAACGCUUUAAUAGCUGAAAUCAACGUAACAGCUGACAGCAUGACUGUAUAUGAUGAUGUUUUUGAUGGGAGAUUCAGAGACAGACUGAAGCUGGACAAUCAAACUGGAUCUCUGACCAUCACAAACAUCAGAAAUGAACAUAACGGGGGCUAUAAACUAGAAAUCAACCAUAUGAGCAAAGAUUUCUUUCUCGCUGUUGAUGAUGAAAUAUCAGUGAAGAAGGGAGAUUCAGUCACUCUAAACUCUGGUCUUACUGAAAUAAUGGAUGGUUAUUUGAUUCUGUGGACGUAUAUGAAUGAAAAUGCUUUAAUACCUGUUGCCAAUAAACUUGCUAACAUGACUCUAUAUAAUGAUGAAGAUCUUAAAAUAGCUGAAAUUAAUAAACAGACCGACAGCAUCACUACUCUGUUCACUGUUGUGGUUCUACUGAAGCUGUGA